AUGUUCUGUGGUGGAGUAAAGUCCAAGCCUGUCUCCCAGCCUGAUGGGAAUACUGCUCAGCCAAAGAGAACCGAGAUGGGCAUGGGCAACUACAGGAUGUAUGUGUUUGAUCAGGAAAACUUUCAGGGCCGUAUGAUCGAGAUCAGCAACGAGUGCAUGAACGUGUGUGAAAUGGGCAUGGACAAAGUGCGUUCCCUCCGGGUGGAUUGCGGAGCUUGGGUGGGUUGGGAGCAGAUGAACUUCUGUGGAGAGAUGUACAUCCUGGAGAAAGGUGAGUACCCCCGCUGGGACUGCUGGAGCAACUGCCACAGAAACGACUACCUGCUCUCCUUCAGACCUGUCAGAAUGGACCCAGAGAAACAUAAGGUCUGCCUGUAUGAGGUCGGUGAGUUCAAGGGCCGUAAAAUGGAGAUCAUCGAUGAUGAUGUGCCCAGUAUGUACACCUAUGGAUUUACUGACCGUGUUGGUAGCAUCAUGGUCAGCUGUGGAACUUGGGUGGGCUACCAAUACCCCGGAUACCGUGGUAGCCAGUACCUGCUGGAAAAGGGUGACUACCGUCACUUCAACGAGUAUGGUGCUCGCCAUCCCCAGAUGCAGUCAAUCAGGCGUAUCCGUGACAUGCAGUGGCACCCUGAUGGCUGCUACACUAUGGCCACCAAGUGA